UUCUUUGCUUAGAAAAAAAAAGGAUGAAAAAACGCGUGUUCUGUUGCAAUCUUUUUGUUGCAAUCUCAUUUUGUUUGAUGUUGUAUGGUAUCAGUUUAAUUAUAAGGUACGAAGUAGAUGCAAACAAUGCUAGGCCUGCUAAUGCUUUGAAAAAAAAAAUUAUAAUAGACACGGAUGCUGGAGCAGAUGAUGCAGUAGCUAUAUUUUUAAUUCUUAAAUCUGAAAACGAUAUUUUAGCAAUUACUUGUUCUUAUGGAAACACAUAUGUGAAAAAUGCAGUCACUAAUGUACUUAAAAUUUUAACUGUUGCUAACAGAAGUGAUAUAUCUGUCUACAAAGGAGCAGAGAAAGCAUUAAUAAAUGAAUAUAAUGAAUACACGGAGGAUAAUUAUUUUGGUUGCGAUGGUCUAGGAGACUUCAAUUUUACAGAAGAGAUUAUUGCUGAAGUAGACAAAACUAAACAUGCAGCUGUAGCUCUUGUAGAUUUAGUGAAACAAUAUCCACAUCAAAUAACUUUAUUAAGCAUUGGCCCAUCAACAAACGUUGCUACAGCAAUUGCAUUGGAACCUUCAUUUUUGAAAUAUUUAAAGAAUCACAUUAUACUAGGUUCUAGCGUUUCUGGAAUUGGUAAUAUUUCACCUAAUGUUGAAUUCAAUUUCUACCAAGAUCCAGAAGCUAAUUAUAUGAUACUGCAUAAGAAUACUACAAACAUUUUAUUCCCAUGGGAAACGGCAAUCAACAGCCACAUAUCCCUGGAUUGGCGUAAAAAUAUACUGGGGAGGAUAAAUUCUUCUAUCGUGAAUUUUUUAAACAAAGCCGAGCGAAAGAGUUUAACAAAGUCUGAUUCAUGGAGUGUCUCAGAUGCAAUGGCUGCUGCAGUGAUGCUACAGCCACAACUUGUAACAAAAUCGAUAAUAACAAAUGUGAGUCCUGUAAUGGAUGGAUUUGCAAGAGGUUCGGUACUUGUGGACUAUGCUAAUUUAACCAACAGGUCAAAAAACACAGAAAUUAUACAAUCAAUUGAUACGGUUGCUUUUCAACAACUAGUAUUGGAAAAAUUAUCUUGAGCGAACAUACAUAUUUUACAUAUAAAUGUAAAAAAAGAAGGAAACGUAUGAGAAAUACUUACAUUGAAAAAAUUAGUACUUUUCCUAUCAGCAAAUAGACCUUGAAAAUUUUCACCUCGAUAAAAUUGACAAUUAUAGCUAUCCAACAAAAUAUUCCUGCAUUUUAUUAUGUCCUUAGCAGUCUUAUUGUUGAAGAAGAAAUGCGACAAUCUGUAAAAUGAUUUGUAAUGUUCUGGAAAUCUUAAAAUACAUUGUUCUAGACCAGCUAAA